AUGGAAAUACAAUCGCUUCGUAUAGUACCCUCUUCACGACCUGAUCCUUCGUCCGUAACUAAAAACCUUGCAGCCACAUCAAAUUCUUUUGGUGUUCAGGAUACUUUUCGUUAUGGAACAAAAUCCCUGCAUUCUGAACUUUCGCCUUCCCAUCCUCUUGAAAACGUACUUAAUAAGUGGGAAGAAACACAAACAAAUCUUAAAUUAACUAUGCAAAAAAGACUCUAUGGUAUUCAUGCGCCAAUAAGACAUCUUAUGGAACGAAGCAUCGUAUCCAAGGUAAUAAGAUGA